UCCUGGGGAAAUUGGGCUAGACACAAAAUACAUAGGGAAUUUGUUAAAACCUGUUAAGGAGUGGAUUUAUUCCUUUGGGGUGGGCAGAGGAAGGUUAGGUGACCUCACACUAUUCAAGUUUACUUACUGAUUGAGCAAUCUGCUGGUGGGGGCUCAUCUCAUCCGUACAUGACAAGCCACCAAAGGAAUUCAAUAUUUCAUACAGCACCUGCCCUGGGCCUUCCUCGGACAUUCCUCCCAGGGACCUACCUAAAUCUUUUCGGGGACAAUUUCAGUCUAACAAACUGACAGAUACUUUUAAAUGUGCAUAGCAUUGUGCUAAGCACUGUUUGGAGAGUGGAGCAGUAAACAUGGGAAAACCAGUGCACUUCUGGGUUACACUUAAAAGAGAUAACGAGGUAAACUUCUGCAAGCUGUGAUGAUGAAAUGAGGUCAUUUCACUUUUUUUUUUAAUUUCAUUACCAGCACUGCAGUCCAAGCCUUUAUCAUCUCUUACCUAGACUACUGCUUCCUCCAGUCUUCCCACUUGGUCUCUUGCACCCUUGCAGUCCAUUCUCUACACAGUAGCCAGAGUGAUCUCAGAUCAUAUCACUCCCCUGCUCUAAACCCUACAAUCGAUUCCCAUUGCAAUUAGUAUAAAGUCCAAACUCUUCAAUAUGAUCCGGCCCCUGCCUUCCCUGAGUUUACAUCCAGCCAACUUCCCCCUUCUUUCUAUGCACCAGCCAUCUUGGCCUUAUUUCUGUUCCUAAAAUUUGUGUCUGACUGAGGAACUUUGCACUUACUCUUCCAUCUGUCUGGAAUGCUCUUAGAGCUCAGCUGGAAAGUCACCUUCCCAAAGAGGCUUUCCCUGGCUCCCCAUCUAAAAUAGUACCUCUUCCUAGUCACUCUCUGUUUUAUUAUCUUUAUUAUUACACUUCUCACCUUCUGGAAUUGCCUGCUUAUUUAUUCAUUUUCUUGUUUGUUGUCUUCCCACUAGAAUGUAAGCUCCACGAGGCUGACUUGUUUGUUCUCUUCUGUAUCCCCAGUACCUGGCACAAAGCAGGGGCAUGAUAAAUGCUAACGCUUAUUGUUUUUUUUCUUGUUAACUGACAUUAUCAUGCUUCUUUGAACUCCUUGAAGUCAAGGACAAUAUCUUUUCAUCUCUUUAUCCCUCCUGCUUAACUUGGUAGGUACUCAAUAUUGUUUUAUUGCCAAAUGAAUUAAAUGAGCUGAUAUAUAUUAAAUGCCUAGAAUAAUACCUGGAACAUAAUAAACAUGCAAAGAAUGUUUGCUUUUUGUUUUCGUUCAGUGAAUGAAUUUUAGUGAUUCUUUAGAAAGCCAAAACACAUAUAGAAUUAGAUCAUAAGGGGUGAUCUGGCUUUGCCCUCCUCUGCUUUGCUUGCUUCUCCCUCCUGUGAACUCCCGUCAGUGUUUCAGUUUCCAAAUCACCUAAUUGUUUUUAAAUUUAUCAUCUGGUCUUUUUUGGCCCUUUCUCCCCAUUCUUGUUGGGCAGGAAGAGAGAAGGAGAUAAGGCUGGACCUGUUCUCAGGAAAAAGAAGCAAAAAUAGCCAUCCUGUAGUUGUUCUAUCCUGAAAAAUGGUGACAAUUUCAGGAACUUGGGACAGGGCUGAUGCCAAAAAAGGUGAAGGUCAGGAAACCUUGGCUGGAGCUAGGGUAACCUCUGCCAGGAAUACUGGCUGGCUUACUCCAGCCUGGCUCAAUCCAUGUUCUCCUGAAGCUGCUGUUACUUGCCUUUCUGAAACCAGACUCUGGGUGGUGCUCAAAGGAAGCACUGGUGCAGGCUGCUCCUGAGCCUAGAAUCGUUAGAAAGGAAGUGCAUCCUGUCCCUCAGACUCCUGGGAAACUCCUAGGCUGGCUGGAUUCCCAGUAGGUUUGGCCGGAAAUCUUGGAUCCUGGGAACACUGGGAAGAAAACAACUGGAAUCUGACUGGUGGAUCCCCAGGGUGAGGACUUCUGCUCUGCCCAGUCUGUUCCUGGAGCUGUCUUUGAUUAGCUCCAAGAGUUUACUUGGCCUCCUUGCCACCCAGAGCUGGGCCAAGUCUCAGGGAGACUGAUGAGGUGACCAGCAUCGGGUUCUGGGAGACUGUGCUCCCAGACCUGGUUCCUGGUACCAUGAAGAACAGCAGGAAUGUCUUUUUUGCCAUUGCCUAGGGCUUUAGCCUCACCAGGGAGACUUGGGCUCAUAAGGAGAGAAUGACUGGAUGGUCAGUGUUUCUCUUCCUGUUGCCUCCUGGCUGAGGGCUCUCCUCUGCUGACUCCUGUCUUCUCUCCCAUCUCCUGCUCACAGCGCUGAGAGUAUGAGGCUCUGGCCUCCACUGGCCACUCACUCGUGACCCACCACGGCGGGGCCUUCCAAGCCAACCUCCUGCCGUGUGGUGAUCUACCUGCAGCGGGAGAUGUCGGGGGAUACCUGUCUGUGCCCAGCGUCAGGGGCCAAGCCCAAGCUAAGCGGCUUCAAGGGAGGAGGCUUGGGCAACAAAUACGUCCAGCUCAAUGUGGGUGGUUCCCUGUACUACACCACCGUGCGGGCGCUAACCCGGCAUGACACCAUGCUCAAGGCCAUGUUCAGUGGGCGCAUGGAGGUGCUGACCGACAAAGAAGGCUGGAUCCUCAUAGACCGAUGUGGAAAGCACUUUGGCACCAUUUUGAAUUACCUCCGAGAUGACACCAUCAUCCUCCCUCAAAACCGGCAAGAAAUCAAGGAACUGAUGGCUGAAGCAAAAUAUUACCUCAUUCAGGGGCUGGUGAACAUGUGCCAGACUGCCCUGCAGGACAAGAAGGACUCCUACCAGCCUGUGUGCAACGUCCCCGUCAUCACAUCCCUGAAGGAAGAGGAGAGGCUCAUCGAAUCCUCCACCAAGCCCGUGGUGAAGCUGCUAUACAACAGAAGCAACAACAAGUAUUCCUACACCAGCAACUCCGAUGACCACCUGCUGAAAAACAUCGAGCUGUUCGACAAGCUCUCCCUGCGCUUCAACGGCCGUGUGCUCUUCAUCAAGGAUGUCAUCGGCGACGAGAUCUGCUGCUGGUCCUUCUACGGGCAGGGUCGGAAGCUGGCAGAGGUGUGCUGCACGUCCAUCGUGUACGCCACCGAGAAGAAGCAGACCAAGGUGGAAUUCCCAGAGGCCCGAAUCUAUGAGGAGACACUCAACGUUCUACUCUACGAGACCCCCCGAGUCCCUGACAACUCCCUAUUGGAGGCCACAAGCCGGAACCGCAGCCAGGCGUCCCCCAGUGAAGACGAGGAAACCUUUGAACUGCGGGACCGUGUCCGCCGCAUCCACGUCAAGCGCUAUAGCACUUAUGAUGACCGGCAGCUCGGCCACCAGUCUGCCCAUCGCGACUGACAAGACCCUCCCGGAGUCAGGGCACGAGAUACCCUGUCUCCUCUCUUGUGGAACCCCGCCCCAUUGGCCACCCCACGCUGCUGCUGGCUUGGGUCUCUGCUCCAGCACCCAGAGGCAUGACAGGCCCUGCCUGGGAGGUCAGAGGGCCUGAGCAGGGGAGGGACUGCGUUUCUUUUCCUAGCUCCCUGAGCACUUCAGGAUGACUGAGUCCCAGCCCCUUUGCUCAGCAUCUCCUUUCUGCCACAGGGAGCCGCGGCUGCCCCUGGGCUGAAUGGACUGACCUGCCCACCCCCCUGCCAAGAGCAUUCCCCUUGGCCCUUCGCUGAGCACCCCUUUGCUCUGCUGAAGGGCUACUUUAGGCCUCAGGGGAGGCCCAUGGGGAAUGGGUUCACUCUGUGGGGAAGGUGGCUUCUGGUGCUGUGGAGGCCCAAUUUCUUACCGAAGGUGGGGCUUCUUUUUUCCUAAGGUGUUUAAGCACAGGCUUAAUGAGUUUGGUUUUUAAAAAAUAAUCUAGGAAAUGACUAGUUUUAAGUCUAAUAAUGAGGAGACUGGGUAUUUCUGCUCCAGGGUUCCAAGACCCUGGGUAAAACAGAACCCUCGGCCCUUUUGAUGCCUUUGGGAUCUGUUUCUGUAAAGCACUUUGUACUUUUAUUCAGGAGAUUUGUAUUCUGCCCUGACCCACGUCAUCCUUCUCUGAUCCUAACCCCCUUUUCCCUGUAGAAUCAAUCUGAGGGAGGGGAAAGAAGCAAUAAAAAAAAACUGACCAUCUUUGGCUUUGCCAAACUGGCCAAGCAGCUGGCCCAGAGAGCACUGAGGGGGUAAGGAUGUGUGAGUUAGGACCUGUGGUCCUAAUAACACCCCUGUAAGAAAGGAUACUUUGCCCCUACAUCUUAGGGUCACGUACUGACUUCUAGAGUCUUACAUGAUUGCUGUCUUUGAUUCUCUUGCCCUUGGCUCCAAGGCAUGCUGUCCUCACUUACUCUAAACCCAAAGAGCCGUCACGGGGGCCGGGAGCUGCUUGCAGCCAGGAGCAUGAGCUGCAGCAGGAAGGCUGCGGAGCCCGUGGGCACCACACCUGCCUGCCAUCAGCUGAGGACAGCAAGCGCAGAGCCCCACGUUCCUGGAGGCCCUGUGCAGAGGCGGCUGUGCUUGGCCAUACAUCUCCCUGCCGUGCAUCCAUGCUAUUGGUUUUGUCCUGGCUGGGGAAUGGUGGUUCUGCCCAGCGGUGAGUCCCUGAACACAGGAUAAUGUGAGUAGCCUGAGAGCCUUGAAAGGUUUCUUCAUUUUUCUUGUUGGGUACUUGGCUGUGGAGAUGCAAGCACUGGCUCUCGGGCAAGGGUGCAAGUUCCUCUUCAGGGCUUUGGUAUUCAUUCCCUUCUGUUUGGCUUGGCCCUUAGGAGGCUGCUUAUCCGAAUUCUUUUCCAAAAGAAUGCCGCCAGUGAGGGAGCUGUUCAGCCAGCCUAACAAAACAGCAUAGCACUUAGCAGUACCCACUCAGUCAGGAAGGGACAUAGCUUGCCAAGUUCAUGUCUCUUUACUCUUACUAUAGCUAGGUGGCUCUUCACGGCUGACCCCAUGAGCCUAUGGGCAAAUGACAGGCCAGGGUUAGCAGACACUCACAAGGACCUGAAAUGACAUGGUGGGGCAGGGGAAAGGUGACUUUAAUUAAGCAUUUUUCACUUGUCGCUGUCUUGAAUGUAUAAAGACUUCCAGGUGAGGCACCUUGGUGAUCAGCUACAAACGGUUCUUCCAGCCUUCACUGGAGUAACAAGAUGAAGACAAAUCCGUUUCUUUGACCGGAUUCUGGCUUUGGCUUUGUGGCUUUCCCACAGCGACUGGAAUGCUUCUGCUUGAGGGCCCUGGUCUGUUUCCUCAGCUGCCUUCCUGAAGCCCUUUAAUACUCAAAGUCCCAGCUCCCCACUGAGGCAUUUUAAUGCUUGUCCUUUGACCUCCCCAGCCCCUGUAGCCUCUCUUUACUGCUUUGACAUUCAGAUCCUCAGCUGUCUCAGUGGUGAGUAGUCUUUCUGGAACUCUGGGCACUUAUGUUGUCCAACUGAAAAUAUCUCUUUGGUCUUUAAAUAUUGAAUACUAACAUUGAACUCACUGAAGUAAUCUUAGCUUUUAAAAUCAGACUGUGGUGUAAGGGUUUGGGGUAUUUUCUUUGAGUUUCCCAGCCCCACUUAGAAAGCAGCUCUUGGCUGUGUGAAUUUUUCAACUCUGAGCAGCCCAGGGGAAUGUAAACAAAAAGUGUGGAUGAAGGUCAAACCUUCUUGUCAGUUUCUGAGAAAACUGGAAGCCUGCUGUUAACUACAUGGACCAGGAUUAGGUUCUAAUCACUCUGUUACCUGACCAAGUUCUGCUUAAAGGAUGGCACAGGUCCUGACAUGACGGAACUCCUUUAUCAUGUAACUACAGUUCUUUGUUGCUCGACAUAGGUGAUGGGAAACCGCUGAUUUCUAAUAAAAUUGUGUUACACUUCAGUGGCACAGAGCUGUGCCUACAGUGAGUAUA